CUAUGAGACAAUCCCACUGUGAUAAGAUAUAUGCCCGCCAUCAUAGCUUCCCCGAACGUGAUUAUCUGAAUGGGUCUCACAUCUUACUCCCUCCCUUUCCUCGUUACUGGUCUCCAGGUUUGCCAGCAUGGCACAGGGCAAAGAGAAAAGUGCCGGAUCAAAUGUCGCAAGUGUUUUUGCAAAAUGAUAAGCAGGUGCUAGGACUCGAAAUGAGUAUCCCACUAGAACCCCUACCCCUUACCCUUGUCAUGUGCUCAUGCGUAUACCCGGCAUUUUGUCUCAUCACCACGAAAUCCUGA